AUGAAAACUGUUUAUAACGCGUUUAUUGAUGACUUGAGUAGAAGUACUUGGAGUAAGCUCCUUCUACAUAACCACGCUAGACCGAAAGCCAAGUUUACAGCAGAGUUGUUGUGUCAUGGGAAGCUCCCAACCAAGGAUAAAUUGGUGAGGUUUGGUAUAGUUCAAGAUAGCUUGUGUAGUUUGUGUGAGAAGGAGGAAGAAAGUGCGAACCAUCUUUUCUUUAGCUGUUCCAAAACUAUUACUGUAUGGAUGGCAACUUUAAAUUGGUUGGGGGUAAGCCACAAACCUCUUCUCUGGGAGGAUGAGUUGAAGUGGAUUCUGGCUAGUACUAAAGUGUAUAGAUGCUGGGGAAAUAGGAAGAUUAGGCCUAAUAUUGCUAGACUAAUGUGCUAG